GCUCAUGAAGGUACGUUCCUGCAGCAACAGAAAACACAAAACAUUGCUGUUUGUUAUUGCACCUUUUGGAGAGACUUCCUGAUCAACUUUUUGAUCUGCUUCAGUUUGAAGGAAGCCACUUGCAGCAGCAGCAGACUUACUUCAUGCACUCUUCCUUUCUGAGAGAAGAGAUUAUCUGUGGCAAUGUAGUAAUGUUGGUCUUGAUAUAACUUAAAAAUAUUGCUUUGUCUAUUUGCAAAGAUGGAAGAACACUUGGCUGAUCUACCUUCUGACGCAUUUGCAGAGACAUCUGUUGCAUCAUUCCCCGAUGGAGAUUUUGACUUUGAGAGUCUACUUUUUGAUGAAAAGAUUGAUGAAGACAAGAUAGGCAUCUCUUAUGAAAACUUGCCAACAAAGGAAGACGGGGCUCUGUACCAGGAAGCAACUGGUGAAACAGUUUUGUCUAGCAAGGAAACUUUAGAUAUACGCACGGCUGAAAGUGCUGAUGAAGAGCGAUCUGAUGUUAAGGAGGAAUUUCAAGGCACAGGAGUCAUGAGCGUGGACAAAACGCCAAAAGAGGAUUACACAAGCUUGGAUGAAGAAUCUGAAGAGGAAGGAUGUGUCUCUGGAGAAGAUGAAAAAGGUGAGGAAGAGGAUAAGGAGAUGGGAGAGAAGCCAGGGGAUUUGUUGAUGUCAGUUAACUGCAGCGGCGAGUUCUACGAUGGUAAUAAAGAGGACAAGAUCCUUGCUGAGGGACAACCUCUGGCUCCGGAGGGUACUGAAAACCCUCAAGUUAGAAAUAAGGACCAAGGUGAGAGUGAGAGUGAUGAGGAGGUGUCCUACUUUGAGAGAGUCCCUGGACGUGGAGGUGAGGUGAUAAUAAAAGGUGAUGGGAUUGAGGAGGACGAGCAAGAGGGAGAGGAAAAGAAGCAAGACUCAUCCGAUUCUGAGUGUGAGGACAUGAAAAUUGUACAAAAAGAACAUUUCCUUGCUCAGUGCUUUGAGACGGAGAUUGAAAAACCCUACGGAGAUGAGCCAGCGAAAGCCAUCUUGGAGUUUCCGGAAAUAUCAGUGGAAAAUCUGCAGGAUCUCAUUGCUGAAGUUGACACUGAGGAAAAUGUGGAGAAAAUGAAGGAUUUCUCAGGGGAGGAGCACCAAGAGGCAGGGGAAAGCUUUGCAGAUUAUCCCUCAGACUUUUCUUCAUGCGAAUAUGUUGAAGAUGGAGGACAAAAUCAAGAAAAUUACCAGUUGAAUGCUUUGCCAUGUGCAUCUGACCUCGGUUCAAAUGCAAGUCAGAGCACUUGCCUGGAAAGAGCUGUGACAGACAUAACAUGGAUGGGAAAAGCUGAAGACACUGAUGAGGAGGGAGAUGGGUAUCUGUACAGCAGAGAUUUAGAGAUGGAUGCUGAUAGGUUCAGGGGCCUGGGUGUGGUAAGUGGAGAAAAAAUAGAGAUUGUAGAGCAUGUGCUGAGCGAUGCAGCGGUGAUUGGGUGUGAUGACGGAAGUGAGACAAGUGAGAGUGACUCCUACAGCUACAGUGAUGAUGAGGUCCAAGUGAGGAGAAGCGAUGAGGAAUUCUCACAUAAUAUGAGUCUGCAAGACCCUGUAAACAACAAGCAACUGGAGGACGUUCAGCCUCACAGUGGGAGAAGUACAGAGUACUCCAGGUGGAGUGUCUCUGACGACCUACACGCUACAAAUUACUACGAGAGACCAGAUUCAGCAGCUUUCGGCAUUAAUUGGGACCUCGACGUCUUAACAGCUGAUUCCCCUCUUUUUCAAGAACUGUUAACCACAGACGAAGCAGAAACAUUGUCUUCAGAUGUGACUCAGUGUCCUGCAGAAGACGUCACCAGCUACUCUGUGGUUCAGAGGGAUUGUGCCAAAACCACAAGCCCCUCUAACCAGGGAUCCCUGGAUGAUAGCUUCUUCUUCAACACUGAACUUGAAGCUUCAGUGGUCACCGAGCUGGGACAGUUAGGAGAUGACGAGUAUGAAGAGGAGAGGAACUGGGAACAAGAGCAAGAGAGAAUCAAGGCUUUCUACAGGUUUUACGAUGAUAGCAACGCGGACUAUGGAAGAGAGGAGAGGCAGAUAAAAGUUCAGUUUUGUACAGAUCCAUUGUCUCAAGUCAUUCACUAUGAAACUGACAGCACCGACAGAGAUUCACUCAGCAGCUCCACAGAGGAGGAGGAAGACCUGAGCUCUACAGAAACACCUGAGGAACUGAGGGAACCUGACAACACCCUGCAAAUGGAACUGGCUUGUGAUCCCCCAAACACUCAGCUACAAGAAAGCGUGCCAGAUCUCAGGGGCGCACCGCUCUGCACCAGAAAAGACAAGUGUCUCAAUGUGCUGAAGCUGAUACUGAAGAUGGGUCUGGUGAUUUUGAUGGGACUGCUGAUGUUCUGGUUGGCCACAGACCAAGCUGACUGGCUUAGCCAAGUGCACUUCUUUUAGAGCUAAAGCUAAUUCUCAGUCAUUAAAACUUGUUUAUACGCUCACAGAUGAAAGAAAAAUAAAAAAUGACAAUGUUGAAUUGUAAAAAUAUAUUAGUAGUAGUAUAGUAACUGAAUGCAGUGAACUGUUAUUUGCAAUUUUUUGAUAAAUAAAGAUAUAUCUUAAUUAAAAAAUAAUUUAUGCAGCCCUAUUUGUAUGAACAGUACAUAAAUCCUGUUCUCACUUUUAUGUAAGUAUUAAAACAGGGCUACAUAUGCAUACAACUAAGGCCUCUAAUCUAGUACUAGUACUUGCUUAUUAAUAUGUUCUGUCACUUUCUGCUUCCACUUCAGAACAUCUUAGAGAGAAAUGUUGUAUUUUUCACUCCACUACAAAUAUCUACAGCUAGGGUUACUAUGGUUUUCAAUACAAAAAAUAUGAUACAUUUAUGAAAAUUAUAGAUGAAAUAGCAACAGUAGACUGUAAAGUGUUUACAAUGAGGUCCACUUGAACCAGGUACAACAUUUAAGGGUAUAAAUGUUAAUUAUUGUGAACUGAAAUGUCUUUCAAUGACAAUAAAAUAAGAGCAAUAAAUACAAAAAAUAGAUACAUUAAAAUAAAAUACAAGCCAUUCUAUACGCUUUCAAAAAUGUAAUUAUAAUAACUGAUUGCACACUUCUGUUUUGAAGAGAUUUUAGAGAUUUCAAAAUAAAUGUGAAAUCAUGAAGGAACAGAAAAAAAUGGUAAUUUCUCUGAAAAAGCAACAUUGGUGAAAAAAACAACCUAUUAACAUCAUCACAUUAACAAUAAAAUACAUUUUAGGGUCUUUACAUUCAAAAUAUGUUGUAGCAUCUUUAAGAAUAAAAUUAUGUUGACAAACUUUUACUUAUAGUCUAGGAUUCAUUAUACUUCAUUAUAUUUCUUCCACAACUAGUAGAUUAGCAUUUACAUGAGCUUUACCACUAGUAAAUAUUACUAUCAUGGGCCUGUUUCACUUCCAACAAGAAACCUAUUAUUAUUAUUAUCAUUAUUAUCAUUAUUAUUAUUAUCAUUAAUAAUAAAAUGUUAUGUAUUUGUUUUCUAUUGAAUCAUUUUGUAUAAUCGAUCUUUGUUAUCGUAAUGUGCCUUGUAUGCUAAGAGUUUUUUUUG